UUCAUCUUCUUCCCUGAUCUCUUCUUCAAUUCUUCUAUAUAAACGUCUUUGUCUGUCUGUAGCUUCUUUUGUCUUCAUAGUUUUUAGAUGGUUCAAACAGAUACAGAUCGAAGGAUGAGUCUUAAUUUGAAUAUUUCCUUGUACUCUCUAGAAAAACCCUUGUCUCAAUUUCUCGACCAAGUGUCGAAAAUCAAAGACAAUCAUUCGAAACUGUCUGAGAUCGAUGGUUAUGUCGGAAAAUUAGAGGAUGAGAGGAAAAAGAUCGAUGUUUUUAAACGAGAGCUCCCUCUAUGCAUGCUCUUAUUGAACGAAGCGAUUGAGAGGUUAAAGGAAGAGGCUUCAUCAGUGAUGAUGGCAUCAAAUGGGAGAUUCGAUGUGGGUCAAGGGGCAAAAUCGGAAAGUGAUAAUAAGAAGAACUGGAUGAGCUCUGCCCAGUUAUGGAUCUCCAACUCUAACUCGACAAACAGAGAAGAAGAUCGAGGUGUGACUCAGACUCCAUUUCAGACAUGUUACAAUCUUAAUCAGAGAGGGGUAUUUAUGCCAUUUAACCCUCCUCCGGUUCCUCUGUCUCUCAUGACUCCUCCACCUUCAGACAUGAUGAUGAGGGACUGUAGCAGAAUUGAACAGAAUCACCAACUCAACAGACCUUUACAGAGUCAUCAUCACCACAUUCCGAAGAAAGAGCAGAGAAGGAGAUGGUCACAGGAUCUUCACCGUAGGUUCGUUGAUGCUCUCCAGAGGAUUGGAGGUUCACAAGUGGCAACACCAAAGCAGAUUAGAGAUGAGAUGAAAGUUGAUGGUUUAACCAAUGAUGAAGUCAAGAGCCAUUUACAAAAAUAUAGAAUGCAUAUCCGUAAGCAUCCGGGAAAGACUUUGCUAUCCUUGGACCAGCCUGGUUUGUUAGGUAGGGAAACACAGAGCUUGAUAAGUUUGUCGAGGUCGGAUUCUCCACAAAGCCCGCUUGUUGGUAGAGAGUUGUUCAGUAAUAAUGGCGGUGGUCAUAGCUCAGAGGAUGAGGAGGAGGAAGAGAAAUCUGAUGGGCGUAGCUGGAAAAGUGAGUCAGAUAAGAAGAGACAAGUGUUGAAUCUUGAGCUCUGAAAGAUCAAUCAUAAUACUAUGCAUAGUGAUGAUGCAUCAAAAAUUAUAAUACUAUACCAAUCAUAAUACUUCAUAGGAGGAAACUGAUAAAUCACAAACUUUUUGUUUUUUAAUUAGUCUAAGUCGUGUGAAAGUAAAUCUAUUAAUCUGUUUGCUAAUUACCUUUGAAAAACAGAGGAUGAAGACAAUCACAACCUUUGUCUGUUGUAAUGCAUCGUUUUCUCCAACCUACCUAAUUUGAGAAUAUUAAUGAAAAAGCAUCUUUUACUGCAUAAAA